CGCAUGCGCCGCUGUAGAAGGCAGGCCCUUAGAAUAAGAUGGCCGCGGGAAGUUUUGCUUCCCGCCUCAGGGGCUCCCGGCGCUUUCUGAGUGUCUUCGUGGCCGGAGCUGUGGUGGGCGCCGCGGGAGGCGGGUUCACGGCCCUGCAGGUGCUCCGGAGUCAGGGCGCUGAGGCAGCGUUGGCGGUGAGGGAGCCCGACGGUUGUGCAGAAAAGGCUCUCUUGGAACAAUUUGGAGUCCCUUUAACUGGAACAGAGACUAGGCGUUACACUAAUCAUGCCUUGUCUUAUGAUCAGUCGAAGCGCGUGCCUAGAUGGGUACUUGAACAUAUAUCCAAAAGCAAGAUAAUGGGUGAUGCCGACAGAAAACAUUGUAAAUUUAAGCCUGAUCCCAACAUCCCUCCAACCUUCAGUGCCUUCAAUGAAGACUAUGUUGGGAGUGGGUGGUCACGAGGACACAUGGCUCCAGCAGGAAAUAACAAAUUUUCAUCUCAAGCCAUGGCUGAAACCUUUUACCUUUCUAAUAUUGUGCCUCAGAAUUUUGAUAAUAAUGCUGGAUAUUGGAACAGAAUGGAAAUGUACUGUCGAGAACUGACGGAGAGGUUUGAAGAUGUUUGGAUCGUAUCUGGACCGUUGACUUUACCUCAGACUGGAAGUGAUGGAAAGAAAACAGUUAGUUACCAGGUGAUCGGUGAGGAUAAUGUGGCGGUCCCCUCGCACCUUUAUAAGGUGAUCCUGGCUCGCAGAAGCCCAGUGUCUGCUGAACCACUGGCACUAGGGGCCUUCGUGGUGCCCAAUGAGGCCAUUGGCUUCCAACGCCAGUUAAGUGAAUUCCAAGUGAGUCUUCAGGACCUGGAGAAGUUAUCAGGACUGGUGUUUUUUCCUCAUUUGGAUAGAACUAGCGGUAUCAGGAAUAUCUGCUCUGUGGACACCUGUAAACUCCUGGAUUUCCAGGAGUUCACCCUGUACCUGAGCACGAGAAAGAUUGAGGGAGCCCGAUCAGUAUCUAGACUGGAAAAGGUCAUGGAAAAUUUGAAGAACGCAGGGAUUGAACCAGAUGAUUACUUCAUGAACCGCUAUAAGAAGAAACUAGAAGAACUCAAAGCUAAGGAGCAGUCAGGAAUCCUGGAGAGAAAGCCACCUUAGUUGCCAUCUCAGAAGACGUGCCAGAGCAUCUCUAAUGAAGCAGGUGUGUCCUCUCCAGGCUAAUGUAUUUUCGUGGCUUGGCUUUAAAGAAAUUAUGAAAUCCUAAACUGAAGACUAAAUUUCUCUCCAGAGAUAAAAGAUCCAAAAGAUGAGAGAUCAGUAUUUUGUUUGAUGUGGGAACUAAUUAAGGAAACUGUGAGGUCUGCAGGUUGUGUGCUGAUCUCGUGUCAGGUUCACAGGACUCUGACCACAAGAUGACAUUGUUUUUGUGUCCCUCUGGAUGUUAGCACGUGAACGCAUUUUGUUUUUGUGCCUCCAGGUCACGCACUGUGUGUGAUGUAUCUGCUCAGCUUUCUUCAAGUCCAGUGUUGUGUGUUUUCUUUCUCUAGGACCCGAGUUGCUCUUUGAGGUGGCUUUCACACAUCCUCUGUGCGCUGUCCUGUCCACGUGUGUUAUAGUGGCAUAGAUUUGUUUCUUCUUCUCACGGACCUGCUGGUCCUCCACGGGUGUCAUACAGAAGCACUCGGCUACGUUUUCUGUGCGCUUAGUAUGUUCUGUGUACUAAGCUCAGUGCUUUACAUGUAUUAUCUUUCAGCGACUCUCCGAGGUAAAUCCCACUGUCCUCGUUUUACACACGAGGAAAUUAAGUUUUAGGGAGCUUAAGUGUUUUGUCCAGGCUUCACCUUUCCAAAGAAGUAACACCCAGAGGUAGGAGGCAUGUGGGGCAGAGAAGAAAAGGACAGCGUGAGGUAGGUUCAAAUAAUCCUCACACAGAGGCUUUUACUCAGAAAUAUAUAUAUACACAUGGGGAUUGGUGAUCCUGGGCCUGCUUGCUAAGAGAUUGCUUGUCUGCCAUCGAACCAAAUCUUGAAUCCUCUGACUUAAACCCUCCUUAGCUCUUUGGGAAGAAAUAAUCACAGAUAUUUGAAAGUUAGGGGGCAUUGCUUUUUUGGAGUCUUAUCAGAGCCCCUACUUGCCUCCAGGGAUGCAGUUCUUUUAGUGACCAAAUGGUACCAAAUUGAUACGUUCUUUGCUUUCCAGGUGAGCAGUUUGUUCCAGAGAUUAAGCGACCUAACGAGGGUCUGUGCCCACAGAGUCGCCAGCUCAUGAUUUGUUCCCUUGUGCCUGCUUGUCUACCUGGGCAGGAGACGACGGGGGGUGCUUUGGGCCAAAGGCUCAGAGACCAUUCUAAUUAUCUCUAGGGGAAACAGCGGCUGUUGUUCUGAGCCAGGUCUCUAGAUUUGGGUUUACAUGGAAUCCUUUCAGGGACUACCAUAAGUAUAGGCCGCAAAAUACCUUAAAAUGGGGCACAGGAGCGUCUAAAUGUGUCCUAUCAGUGCUGUUCUGUGUGGUAUUACGAGAACAGUCUUUGUGGGGUUUUGUGUGUUUGUCUCUAACAGAAAUGCAAGGCUUUAAGCUAAAGGUAAGAUGGUAGUGAUUGACCUUGUUCUCCUUCAUUUGGGCAAAAAACAAAGAAGUUGGGAGGGUCAGAACACAGUAGCCUGACGAAUCCAGUGUGUUUUAUCACACUGUUUGCCAUUCGCUUAUGCCAGUCCUCUCUUCUCAGGGAUGAAGAGCCAAAAUGUCACUGUGACCACAAAAUCUGUUACUUUCUCUCCUCACUGGAGAGGUGAUGGUGGGGCCUCCCAGUGCGGUGCUUCUCUCGGCAUGAGGGGGCAGCUCUGUGGGAGAAGUCCCGGGCGCUUAGCAUGCAUCUCUGGAGGUGAGCUCCCACCUUCUUCCCCCACGUCUGGCACUGUGCUCUUGUUCUAGCCUGAAUUUCCUUCAGCCUUGGACUUCCUUCCCAUGCUCUUCUCCCUCCUAACCCUCCGCCUAGAUGGUGGAGAAUCUUGAUUUUUAGAUCAGUAAAUUUAGGCGCCUUAGGUUUUUAGUAUGAAAAGUGCUACCUGGUCAUUGUGAAAAGUAGAAAUGCUUAUAACGAAAAA